UUCUGAGUUACUUUUCCUUUGGCGUGAGAACGUUUUUUCUGGGGUAAAGCCGUUAUGGAUCCGAACAAUGGCGAUACUGAUGUUCUAUUUUCAUUUGGCCUUAUCACUGACAUCCAGUAUGCAGAUAUUUGUGAUCGACCAAACUCUGCAAAGACGAGGUGGCGUAGAUACCGAAACGCUCUGUGUUGUCUGAAAGAAGCCGUAGAACAUUGGAAGAAACCAAACAAUUCUCCCUCAUUCAUCGUACAACUGGGAGACAUUAUCGAUGGCUUUAACGCAGAUCUAAUCGAUGCAAAUAAUGGCGAGAGUAACUUCUCUCAAGAAGCUUUGGAUGCAGUGAUGAAAGAAUUUUCUGAACUUCCACAAGAAAUUCCCGUGUUUCACAACUUAGGAAAUCACGAACUGUACAAUUUUACUCGCGAGGAACUUUCAAGAUCUAUUCUGCACCCUUCCAACAGCUGUGAAAGUGCUGCAUAUUUGAGAAAGCAUCAAAGCCUGCCUGCUUCAAGCGAGGAGGAGACGAAACCAUUUUACUUCUCGUUUGUACCUCAUCCCAAAUUUUGUUUCGUGUACUUGGAUAGCUACGACGUAAGCCUCCACGGUGUAGACGAAGGUAGUCCUAGGUAUAAAGAAGCUCUGGCAACGGUGCGUAAGUACAACAAGAAUGACGACUUCGAAAGUGCCGAUGGUCUUCACGGCUUAAACAGACGUUUCGUUGAGUACAAUGGUGCAAUUGGCCCUGUUCAACUUCAGUGGCUGCAGGCAGUUCUUGAAGAAGCUCAAGAAAAUGAUCAAAAAGCUGUUAUUUUCAGCCAUGUCCCAAUCUCUCCAGGAAACAGGCCUCGACGUGGUACAAUAGAUCUGCUUUGGAACUACCAAGAUGUACUAAAAGUGCUCUGGCAGUCUGGAUGUGUGGUUGCCUGUUUCCAUGGUCACACUCAUUAUGAUGAUUAUUUCAUGGACAAACAUGGUAUCCAUCACUUGACUUUUGAUGGUGUUAUUACAGCACCUCUUGAUUCCAAUGCAUUUGCCACACUGCAUGUUAACAAUGAUGCUAUUAUUAUUGAAGGUUUUGGUGUCAUAGAAAGUCGAGUAUUGAAGUUUUUUCACUAACAUACUUUGUGAAAAACUUGGUGACAAAUUUUAAAGGUUUUGGUGUCAAAUAGAAGGUCAAAUGUUGAAAGUCAAUUGCUAACCUACUUUGUAAAUUUCUUUGCGUCAAAUUUAAAGGUUUGAAUUUUAAAAUUAUGGUAGUGAGAAAGCUUGUGCAAAGAAAAAGAAGUUAUUAAAGGGGGUAUGUUGAAAUCCUGUUAGCAAAUUGUAUGGCUUAGGCAGGCAGUACGUGAUACAUUUCAGUUUUUUAUUGAUACCAUUUUGCAUGUUAUGGAAAAAAAGUGCUAUUCAAAAAAUUGAUCCCAGUUAUGAUAAUUUCCAGUAAAAAAAUGAUGGUAAUCGUUGGGUCACUUUUCUUUAACAAGUACAUGUUUUAACAGAUCUGAACUGAUCUACCCAUUUCAAGUAAUAUUUAAUUGGCUAUCAAUGUGAUGCUUCAUCAAGAUGCUGCUGUUUGUAAAAUAGGGUUGAUGUAUAUUUUGCUGCACUGCGGACAGUUCCUGGAAUAAUAUAGAAUUACUUGAUAGAGCAGGCUGUUUUCAGUGGAGUGGGAGGAAGAUUUUACUUUUACAUGGGUCUUGAAGACUCAUGCUGUUCUGGAGGUAAAUUGUUCUUGCACAUCCCUAGUUGUCUCAGACAUAAUACUUCUAGUGUGUUGGAUACAUGUACAUAUUUGUAAAUGUAUGGCAUUAGCUAUGGAUAUGGUACUCCCUUGAUUGCUAGUCUCUGUUAUUGCUUUCUCUAAUAAAAAAUGCUUUAAAUAAUAAAGAAAAUGCCAUAUCCCUCCUCAUCCAAAGGUUAGAGAAAAUUCAUAGGGCAAAAGGGGUUUUUGAAUAAGUGGAACAGUCUCUAAGGGUAUGGGCAAUGCUAAAUUGGUACUAAUUUGAAGCGGAUUAGAGAUGGAGAUAACCAAAACCCUUUUAGACAUUUUCUCAGCACAACCUACUGUGUGCUUAGUCAGCAAAGUUACUCUUACUGGUAUUUGUCUUCUUAUGUAAGGUUGUGAUGUCUGAAAUGUCUUUUGAGCAAAAAAAAUCAAAAUAUUUGGGCUGCGAAUUAUUGGUUGAAUCUCUAAUUUUUUAGUUCUGUGUUAUUUUUUAAACAUAUUCCAAAGGCAAUAACUUGGUUAAUGGUGUACAUUAAUGUUCAUAAAAGAAUUUUUAAAAAAUUAAUUAAAACUGGAUUAGAGAACACUUUAAUAAAGUGGAAUUUUUUUGUAGUGGUGAUAAUAAGGUGAGAACAUUACAGAGUGCUAUUUCCUCUAUACUAUAUUCCACACCAUAUUGUUUAUAUUAAUUAAUUUAGUUAUGGUAUCCAGUGUGUUAAUGAAAAUGUUACCCAUGUUUACAUUUUAACUGCAUUUCUAAAGACUCUUUAUGUCUCUAAGCUGUACAUAAAUGGCGACAGCCACCUGUAGUGAGCUGAGACAGUUGGGAAAAAUGGUCAGAGAAAUUCAUUACUUUCUUAGGUCCUAUUGAAUGUGUAAAUAAUUUACAAAUGCCAAGUUGUAGCGAAUGAGAUGUAAAGAUUUCUGUUACCUUA